AUGUCCGCACCACUGACAAUCCAGCCGAUGACCUUACUCGCGGCAAACCCCUGCUCGAACUCAGCCAGCCGAACCGGUGGAGCCAAGGGUCCACCAUUCCUCCUACAACAUCCAGACUCCUGGCCAGUGCUUCCGUUAAUAGAAGCCCAAGAAGCUGACGAGGAAGAACUUCGGAAAACAUUGUUCUGUGGAGCCACCACUUGCUUUCCGACCACGACACUCCAGUCUGAUAUAGACAACUGGGACAGUCUUCUCAAGGCUACCCAUGAGAGCCUUCACGGGGCGGCUGAUGACCAGAGCAGCCCCACCAUGACAGCAGCUGAUGUCCAAACAGCAGAGCUACAUGUCCUCAGACAAGCCCAGAGUGAGUCCUUCCCUGAAGAAGUGGAAGCUCUUGCUGCUGGUAAGUCCAUCUCGAGACUGAGUCGCCUGCUCAUGCUUGCUCCAGAGUAUGAUGAAGCUGUGGGCCUGGUGAGAGUGGGAGGUAGACUACGCAGAGCAGAAGAUCUUGACCCAGAUGCGAUGCAUCCUAUCAUCCUCGAUCCCAAAUCUUAUGUCACGAAGCUGCUCAUUAAGAAAUAUGAUAGUGAACUGCUACAUCCAGGUCCCGAGCGGGUUUUCGCCGAGAUGAGGAGAAGAUAUUGGAUCCUCCGGGGAAGAGAGUCCAUCAAGCAUCAUCAGCACGCCUGUGUUGAAUGUCAGAAAUGGCGCGCUACUCCAGUGGUCCCUCGGAUGGCAGACUUACCCCCUGCCAGACUCCGCUUAUACAAGCCACCUUUCUGGUCGACUGGAGUCGAUUGUUUCGGUCCCUACAAUGUCAAGGUGGGCCGGCGUACAGAAAAGCGGUGGGGUCUGAUUUUCAAGUGCAUGACGACGAGCUGUGUACAUCUUGACCUACUGGAGAGUAUAGACACUGAUGCUUUCCUGAUGUCCCUCCGCCGCUUCAUCGCCCGCCGCGGAAAGCCAUUUGAGAUCCUGGCUGACAGAGGAACCAACUUCCGAGGUGGAGCUGCAGAGCUGCAAGCCAGUUUUGCUGCUUUAGAAAUUCCUCUUCAAGAACAGCUGGCCAGACAGCAAAUCGAGUUCCGUUUUAACCCUCCUGGCUCUCCACACUUUGGGGGAACGUGGGAACGAGAGAUCAAGUCGAUUAAGUCAGCUCUCCAAGUCAUCCUUCAGGACCACACCGUCGCUGAACCUGUGCUGCAAACUGUGCUGAUUGAAGUGGAAGGAAUACUCAAUGCUAAACCGCUUGGGUACCUCUCCUCUGAUGCUGCGGAUCCGGAUCCCGUCACACCAAAUCUACUGUUGAUGGGACGCCGCGAUGCAUCACUCCCACAAGCUGUCUAUGCAUCUAGUGACCUUCUCAGCAGAAGAAGAUGGCGCCACAGCCAGAUCCUGGCGGACCAUUUCUGGUCCAACUUUAUCCGUCGCCAUCUCCCGGACCUACAGAAGCGGUCGAAGUGGCACAAGGACACUGACAAUCUGGUUGCUGGCCAGGUGGUGAUGGUGGUUGAUUCGCAGCUACCCAGAGCUCAGUGGCCCAUUGGGAGAGUGGUGAAGACCUGUUCCGGUUCGGAUGGACGAGUCAGGGCAGCUGAAGUUAAGAUCAAGGGACAGACCUACCUACGGCCAGUCGUGCGCCUUGUGCGGCUGUCAGCCUGGGAGGAUGAAGAUGACGCCAACUAAGUAGAUUUUCUUUGGGAUUCAAAUUUAUUGCUAAAUUUGGGGGCGGCUAUGUCGGAAAGUCUUUUAUUUCCUGUCAUUUUAUUUUGAAACUAUAAUGAUGUCAUAUCCUUUCCGAGCGCAUCACAUCCUCAUUCCCGACUCCGCAUUCUGUGGGAUGGUGGCUCGCGUGUGCGUAACCUAAUCGAAAACCACACACACAGACACCCACACAUAUGCCUAUUUGUACACCAAUGAUUGUACCCAAACUACAAUAUUAAAGUUUGCUGGAACAAUUUCUCCGUGCCCUUCUCUCUGACCGGAGCCCUGUCAAAGGAAACUGCCAGACCAGUAUUAUCCCAUUCAGAGUGUCCCACUCUAUCACA